CCAUUCUAUUGUGCCAGAAUACGGACACAUUCCAAGCUUUCUUGUUGAUGCUUGCACUUCUUUAGAAGAGCAUGUUAAUACAGAAGGACUUUUUAGGAAAUCAGGAUCUGUUAUUCGUCUAAAAGCACUAAAGAAUAAACUGGAUCAUGGUGAAAGUUGCCUGUCUUCUGCACCUCCCUGUGAUAUUGCAGGACUUCUUAAGCAAUUUUUUAGGGAAUUGCCAGAACCCAUUCUCCCAGCUGAUUUGCAUGAAGCACUUUUCAAAGCUCAACAGUUGGGAACAGAGGAAAAGAAUAAAGCUACAUUGUUACUCUCUUGUCUUAUGGCUGACCACACAAUUGAUAUAUUGCGAUACUUUUUUAACUUUCUCAGGAAUGUUUCCCUUAGGUCCAGUGAGAAUAAGAUGGAUAGCAGCAAUCUUGCAGUAAUAUUUGCUCCAAACCUUCUUCAGACACGUGAAGGGCAUGAAAAGAUGUCUGCUAACAUGGAAAAAAAGCUCCGACUACAAGCUGCAGUAGUACAAACUCUUAUUGAUUAUGCUUCAGAUAUUGGGCGUGUACCAGAUUUUAUCCUGGAAAAGAUACCAGCUAUGUUGGGUAUUGACGGUCUCUGUGCUACUCCAUCAUUAGAAGGUUUUGAAGAAGGUGAAUAUGAAUCUCCUGGUGAAUAUAGGAGAAAAAGAAGACAGAGUGUUGGAGAUUUUGUUAGUGGAGCAUUAAAUAAACUUAAAUCUAACAGAACACCCUCUAUUACACCUCAGCGAGAAAGAACUGCUCAAGUAUCUGUAUCACCAAUGAUUCUUACACCAAAUGCUAAGCGUAAACUGCCAGUAGAUUCUUCACAUGGUUUCUCAAGUAAGAAAAGGAAGUUCAUCAAGCACAAUUUUAACUUUGAGCUGUUGCCAAGUAAUCUCUUCAGUAGCAGUUCUACACCAGUAUCAGUUCAUGUAGAUACAAGCCCAGAAGGGUCAUCUCAGAGUUCACUUUCUCCUGUAGCCAUCAGUGGAAACCAUUUGAUCAGUGCAAGUGUGCAAAGACGAAGUAAAAGGAUUGCAGACAAGAAAGUUUGCAGGGUGGAAUCAGGAAAAGCAGGCUGCUUCUCUCCUAAAAUCAGUCGUAAAGAAAAGGUUCGAAGAUCUCUUCGUUUGAAAUUUAGUCUGGGGAAAAGUAACAGAGAUAAUGGAUGUUCUGAUGUCAAUAGAUAUGAAAAUGUUGGUCGGCGACUUGCAAGUCAACAAAAUUUUAAAAAUAGAAUUGAAUCCGUAAAAACAGGUCUACUUUUUAGCCCAGAUAUUGAAAGAUUAACAAAGAAAGGUUCAAAAAAGAUCAGUAAGUCUGAGGAAUACUUAUCAACUCCAGAGCAGCUGGAUGGAACAAAUUACUGCAUGUCUUGGACAGGACCUACUAAUUCAAGUUUUCAGGAAAUAGACGCAAAUGAAACAUCUCCGAUAGAGGGAAGUCUUGAGGUGGAAAACUCUUCUUUGGAUCCUGAUCUUAUGGUUGAAAAGUCACCUGUUACUUCAUAUGCGCUUACCCCUUCUAUUGUACACAAUAAGCAUAAUAGCAACCUAACUGGAAACUCUCCUAAUGGGGAUGAAGAUAACUUGACCACAGAGACUUUGGUGAAAAUUCAGAAAGCGUUUUCUGAAUCUGGAAGUAAUCUUCACACAUUGAUAAAUCAUGGGCAGUCCUCAAUAACUAAUAUGGUGAAAGCAAAAUUAAAUGAAACAUCAUAUACAGAAUAUAGCCCAAAGGAAAAUUUAUUUGAAACUAAUGAUUUGACUGUGAUAGAAUCGAAGAAAAAGUACGAACACCAAGCUAGUAAAGAUGAAAAUAGUUUCUCAGAAAGAGACUUCUCACUACAUCAAACUCAAGAAUUAGGUAGAGAAGCAACUACAAAAUGUUACUCAACUCAGAUGAAGGUGGAACAUGAAAAAACCAUUUAUUCAAAUAUAGCAAAAGAUUAUUUAAGCAUGCAAGAGUUCCCCAGUGAAGAACAAAUAAAGAAACAGGAGUCCGCAAAGAAUAAACUAAAUACUAAAUUAAAGGAGAAUGAGAGUGUGAUUGAAGAGAAUUUAUUGAAAUGCACAGCUUCUGGGGAGGACAUGUCUAAAUCAUCAUCUUCAGAGCAGAUUACCUGUAAUAUAACAACUUUGUCAAAACCUAGGCCUAUGAGAAUUGUUAAACAGCAGUCUCUGGUAGAAAAAUGUGAUAAAAUGGUUUCAGAAAGUUUACAAAUGACAGAGCAUGGAAAGGUUUCAGACCACAUACAGUGGUUUAACAAACUUUCCUUAAAUGAACCAAAUAGAACAAAAAUUAAAUCACCUCUUAAGUUUCAGCGUACUCCUGUCCGUCAGUCUGUCAGAAGAAUUAAUUCUUUAUCGGAGUAUAACCGACAACCUGUAAGGUGUAAGUUGGCAAGUCUUGGUGAUACUGCUUCUCCUUUGGUUAAAUCAGUGAGCUGUGACAGUGCUCUUUCUUCUUGUAUAGAAAGUACAUCAAAAAAUUCCUCUAUUUCAGAUAUUAAAUCAGGUCCUGAAGAACAGAAGGCUACGUCAUGUAAACAGUCAAGUGUUGAUGCAAUUUCAAAAUCAAGCAUGAAUUUGGCUUCUAAAUCUUUCUCAAAGAUGAAGAGACACCCAGACUUGGUGAAUGCUUCUCUUGGGUCUAGAAUUUGUAAACAGGAUCUGGUAUCUGAUGGACAAAUUAAGGCUCCCUUGGAUGACCUAACUAAUUACAAUAUAAUAAAAUCUGUUGUAAAUAAUAAUAUGGGCUUUUCUCCUGGAAUAAAUAACAGAGUCCUUAGGAAACAUACAGAAAGAGAAAGGAUUUGGUAUAAAGGUUCUCCAAAAAAUCCUAUUGGAAAAGCUCAACUACUUCCAACAAGUAAACCUGUAGACUUGUAAUUGUUAAAUGUUAUUGUCAUUAAUGUAAAUAAAAUUAGGAAUUGAUGAUAUGACUUGCAGGAUAAUCUAUAUGUUAGUUCGUAGCUCUGGAUGAUUAAAUGAUAGAUUUUCUCCGAAACAUUUUAAUUUCACUGCAUAAGCCAGCUUGGAGUCUUACACUUGUAUAAAUGGCUACUUUAUUUUUCUUAAUUAUGGCAGUAUUUAAACUAUUUUAAUUUUUUUGUGAUCUCUUAAAGCAGAGGGGCUACACUUUGCCUUUUAAAAGAAGCUGAGUGGAUUUAUAAGAAAUUAAGUUUUGAAAAUUGCAUGAAUUUUAUUUUUAUGUGUGAUAGGAUGAGUGGAGUGAGCUAUGCCUAUUUCCUAUUACUCCUCCUAAGAGAAGGUUUCUAAAGAAAUUUCUACCAUGUAAAGGGAAGAGAUAGGCCCUGCAAAUCUUAUAUCUUGAAUUAUAUUAAAUUAACAUUUAUUGUCUUUACCAAAAUUUCUAGAAAUUAAUUUGUUUCAUUGGCAUCCUAAUACUUUAUUCCUAUUUGGGCAGAGUAAUUUGCUUUAUAUUGUCUGUAGAUGAAUACAAUGUGUUCAUUUGAACGAAGAAUACUGAGUAAAGCAGAAUAAUGUCUAAAGGGUGCUCAUAUAUUAUGAUACAGAAGUAAUUGGUGACUUGUAAGCCAUACUAUGUGUUUAAAGCUAAUUUGCAUAAAUAUGUUUGUAUCUGUUUUGCUCAAUAUAGAAUUUAAAUUAUUUAAGGAUGAAUAACUAAACUUGGAAAACUUUAAUCAGGUUAUUUCUUAUAUGCAGAUGCUUGGUUUUAGAAUUUGGAAUAAUUGAUGCACCUCUAUACCUUUA